GAAAAGAAUGAAAUACAAAUGCCCACAAUGUGUUGUGCUAUCUGUGUGGCGUAGUUGUGGCCCAAAGAUAAUUGAAGAAAGACGCAAAUAUACAAAAUAAAUAAAAAUAGUAACUUUGGGCGUUGCAUUCUUAAAAAUAUGUACAAUCAAAUUGCAAGUAUGUGUGCAUAAAUAUACUGGUCUGUGUGUGUGUGCGUGCUUAUGUAUAUCGAAAAUCCAAAUCGAUUGGCAGCCUAGUUAGGCGGCCUCUGAUAAGAUAGAAGACGACGUCGACGACGACGACGACACUCACACACAGAGUGCUUCUAUAAUAUAGAAAACUGUAGACCUGUAGAGCUGUUUGACUGGGGCUGCUGCCAAAGUCGCUAGUCGCGAUUACACAAUUAUUUUGGCCGCAAAACAGGAAGCAAUGAGCACCGUGGACUCCGUUGUUCUCAGCCCGCCACAAAAUGGCGUCGCCACCCCUUCCUCCCCCGCUGUUUCCGACUCAACUGUCCCGCCCAUCACAGAUCCAUUACCCGCCAUUGUGGGCCAAUUGCGCAGCAUCGAGCAGAUCAAUGAGCAGCGUCGGCUUUUCCUUAAGAGCACCAUCAACGAGAUUCAAGAGGAGGGUAAGAAUGCGGACACAGACACGGAGCCACAAUUGCGCCGCCAGCAGCCACCCAACAGCCUGGCGCUGCAUGUGAAGUAUGCAACGUUGCCGAGUCCAUCGGUUGCCACAUCCGGCAGCAUCUUGCGUUCCCCUCUGUCGCCACCACCCAAGCCGCCCAUGUUGAGUCGCACUCGGAGCACGGGCUCCGGUGAUGCACGCUCGCCUCUGACCAAUGGCGAGGCAUUGCAGCAGCGUAGCAGCGUAGCCGAAGCAGCAGCGGGAACAGCUGCAGCGGGAACAGUUGCAACAGGAACAGUUGCUACAGGUACAGCGACAGCUGAAACAGCUGUAGUGGGAACAGUUGCAACAGGAACAACGGCGGUGGGAACAGUUGAAACAGGUACACCGGCAGUUGGAACAGUUAAAACAGGAACAGCAGCAGUGGAGACAGUGGUAACGGAAACAGUAGCAGCAGCAGCAGCAGCAGCAGCAACAACAACAACUGGAACAGUUACAACGGCAACAGUCACUACGGGGACAGCGGCAACAGCUUCACCAAAGCCACUCACAACUCAGCUGAGCGUGGAGCAGCUGCCGCAAUCGCCGCCAGCGAGCAUUUCGGCCAAGCACUACGAGAGUCUGAUCGAGGAGCUGCGCUGUCCCGGCUGUGCGGGUCCCAUGAAAGCGCCCGUGUUGCUCUGCAAGAGCGGCCACAGCAUUUGCGAGCAGUGCACACGCAUCCUGCUCAUGUGUCCGCUAUGCAAGGAGGGUUUCUCCACCAUGCGCUCCCUGACCAUUGAGGCGCUGUGUGCAAAGGCGCACUUCGGCUGCAGCCACUCGGCGGGCGGUUGCACGGUGCGUAUGCCGGUGGCAUUGCUGCCGUGGCACGAGCAGCAGUGCAUCUACAAGCCGAUGAAGUGCUUCAUGGGACGUGUGUGGGGCGAUUGCCGUUGGCAUGGCCGGGAAGUGCAAUGGAAACAGCAUCUGGAGGAGCAGCACAUGGACAAGCUGUUUCGCACGCCGACGGCGGAUCUCGUUUGGAAUAUGGGCAUGCGGCGCAAACCGUUGACCGGCUACUAUGUGUUCCAGGCGCACGACGAGAUGUUCAAUUUCUAUGAGAUCUACGACAAGCAGCGCAUACUCUUCACCAUGACAUGCACGUCGAAUCGACGCGAAGCCAAAUACAAUUAUGCUUACGAGGUGACGCUGCUGCAGCCGGACAACGAGGCGGUGUCGUUGACCCAAAAGUUCCCGGUGCACAGCGAAUACGACAGGGACAUCCUGAUGGAGGGCACCUGUGUCACCAUUGGCCUCAGCGAGCUGUCGCGCUUUGUGGACGACGACAAGGUGCUCCACUAUCGGGUGAACGUGAUGGCAGUGAAGUCGCCGCGCCGCUUGAAACCAGCUCGUCAGAGUUUGCCCGCCGGCGUCGAUUAUCACACGCGCAGCAAUGGCGUCAAUGGCAAGAGUGUCCCGGCCAACAUGAUUAUUACGCGCACCUACAAGGAGGCACUGGGCGAGGUCUCCACGUCGGCACCCGGCACACCAGGGACACCGGAUGGCGAUGACUGCAACGGUGCUGUGCCCGAUCUGGAACGUAAAUGGGGCACACCGCAAUUGCACUUCAAUCGCAAGUAUUUGCGCAACACGCUCAAUGCCGAGAGCAACGGGGAUGUGAAGGAUGAUGAGCUGCGUCCACUGCAGGAGACACGUUCGAUGGCUGCCGGCAAUGAGGAUAAGUUGUCGCUGUGCAGCAAUAGCACCAGCUAUACGAAGAAGGUCUCCAAUUCGCUGCGUCGCAGUUUCCGUUCGCUCAAAACCGAUCUCAUCGAGCUGCGACCAUUUUCCAAAAAGAAAAAUCCCGUCCUAACCACAACACCGGCGACUGCAAAGACUACAAAGCAAUAGAGAUGAGAUCUGGCAAAAACAACCAUUGAGCUGCAUGCAACUUGUGAUCAAAUGUCUUGGCUCGCUUUAAGAGCCGUUUCCAAAAUGUGCUAACUACAUGUAUUAAAUAGAAAAGAAAGUCUAUAAAGAUGCCUUGCCCAACAUAUCUAUAAAUACUGCAAUAAAAAAUAACGAGAAAUGAA